AUGAGUUCUUGCGCCAUCGACGUGAACGAAAGAAACAACAAGAAGCUUGAAGACUUGGCUGUUCCUUGGCGGUUCAAACCUCUCCAAAAGUAUUGCAUUAAGAAUUCCAAUCUCGUCGAUGUCGUCGAAGGAACCACUUUUCCUGAAGCAUACAUUUUCGUCGAGAAUGGUAAAAUUUCCAAAGUGGAAUUUGGCAGCGGGCAACCAGUUGAUGUUGACACUAACGAAUACCAGAUUAUUGAUGGCACUGGAAAAUACGUGACACCAGGUUUGUUUGAUAAUCAUGUUCAUAUGGCCUCAGUAACAGGAGAACUAGACUUAGGUAAAUUGAUGACAAUGCCCAAGACGGUUUCGCUUCUGAGAGUUAGGUAUACGAUGGAGGCGUCCUUGGCCCGAGGUUUCACAACAGUCAGAGAUUGUGGGGGCGCUGAAAGCUACAUCAAAGCUGCAGUGAACGAUGGAUCUGUGAUUGGCCCCAGGAUGAUAACUUGUGGGCACGCUAUUUCUCAAACUGGCGGGCACGGAGACUUAAGGCCAGGAAAUCUACCUGCAAGUGCCUUUGAGAGCUGCUCAUGCCAUUAUGGUCAAGUUGGAGUUGUCGCUGAUGGAGUGGGCGAAUGCUACAGAGCUGCUAGAGAGGAGUUCCGGAGAGGUGCUGACUUCAUUAAGAUGAUGGCCGGCGGAGGUGUGGCAUCACCAACUGACAAGGUCACUAACGUGCAAUUUUGCCACGAUGAAAUAAGAGCUCUAGUGGACGUUGCAAACACCUAUCACACUUAUGUCACUGCACAUGCAUACACAGCUGAAGCAAUUCAAAACUGUAUCAAGCUUGGCGUUAGGGGUAUUGAACAUGGAAACCUUUUAGACGAGGAGACCGCAGAAUUGAUGGCUAAGCUUGGAUGUUACUUAACCCCAACCUUAGUCACCUACAAAAUAAUGGCUUCAGACCAGUUUGGAAGCUUCCUUGGGCCAGUUAAUAGCCAGAAAAAUGCAGAGGUUCUCAGCCAAGGGAUAGACGCUCUGAAAAUCGCUCAAAGCAAAGGCGUCAAAAUAUGCUAUGGCUCCGAUUUGCUUGGGCCGCUAGCCGGCUAUCAAACCCAGGAGUUUUUUAUCAGAGGAAAAGUUCAAACUGCUCAAGAAGUUCUUUUAUCUGCCACAGUGACGCCAGCAGAAAUGAACGGUCUUGGUGACAAACUCGGACAAAUAAAGCCAGGGUUCAUCGCAGAUCUUUUGUUGAUGAACGCCAAUCCCUUGGACGACAUUUCAAUCUUGGAUGAGCCGGAAACAAACCUGUUUUUGGUCAUGAAAGAGGGCAGAAUUUAUUGA